AUGCCAACAGUUGUACCUUGGAAACUCCUAUGUUUCUUUUUUGUUCUUUUCACUUUGUUAUCUUGCACUUUCUCUAACAUAUUCACCAUAACAAACAAUUGUCCAUAUACUAUAUGGCCCGGCACGCUUGCCGGCGCAGGAACGCCGCCGCUUCCUACGACCGGAUUCCAGCUUGACUCAGGUCAAGCUGUGAAACUAACUAGUGUUCCUGGUUGGUCAGGUCGGAUAUGGGCAAGGACCGGUUGCACAUUUGAUGCAACAGGAAUUGGGAAAUGUCAAACAGGUGAUUGCGGUGGAAGGCUUGAAUGUGACGGGAAUGGUGCGGCUCCACCAACUUCACUCUUUGAGAUUACACUUGGACAAGGUAACCAACAAGAUUACUAUGAUGUUAGCAUGGUUGAUGGCUACAAUUUGCCAUUGCUUGUUCUACCAAGAGGUGUAUAUGGUAAAAGUGCCUGUAAUUCUACAGGUUGUGUGACUGAUCUUAACAGAGGUUGUCCAAAAGAACUUCAAGUAGUUGAUGGUGAUGGAUACCAAGGUAGUGUAAUUGGUUGUAAGAGUGCCUGUGAAGCAUUUGGAUCAGAUCAGUACUGCUGCAGUGGACAAUUUGCUAAUCCAACAAUAUGCCAACCUUCCUAUUAUUCCACAAUUUUCAAGAAGGCUUGUCCAAGAGCUUAUAGCUAUGCAUUUGAUGAUGGAAGCAGCACUUUCACCUGCAAAGCUUAUGAAUAUGACAUUGUGUUCUGUCCUACCAGUACCAAGAUUAACAAACCAAAUGGCGCAUUUCCUUCACCACCACCGCCAUCAAUUGACUUUCCUUACGAGAAGGUUCAGCAAGACAGUUCUUCUUCAAGUAUUAUUAUCUUGCCCUUACAAGAAACAAUGUUUCUCCUAGUUGCUACAAUCUCUAUGUUUAUAGUGAAGACAUGGCCGCUGAUUUGA